CACAUCAAUGUCUGCUCCGUAAGAAGUCUUCACAGGCUCCGCUGCAAACUCCAAACUCGUGUUUUCCUCCUGAAACCGUGAGACUUAACGCAAAAACCAUGCUGGCAACCAGGACUUUGCUGUCAAAGAAAGCUAUGGCCAUCAUUUCUCGCCAGCCUGCAUGUUUCGUUCAUCAGGGUGAUUAUGGCAACUGGGGCAACACCAAUGUUGCUGUGGUUUUCUCAGGAUGUGGAUGGUGGGAUGGGACUGAUGUCCAUGAAGGGGUGUACACCAUGUACCACCUGAGCCGGAACGGCGCUCGCUUCCAGAUGUUCGCUCCCAACCAGCAGCAGAUGCAUGUGAUGGAUCACAUGAAAAAUCAGCCCGCCUCAGGGGAGAACCGGAACAUGAUGAUGGAGUCGGCUCGCUUCAGUCACGGUCAGGGGAAGAUGCAGAUGCAGGACUUGUCCGUGCUGGACGCCAACAGCUUUGACGCUGUUAUCUUUCCCGGAGGCCAUGGGAUCAUCAAAAACCUAUCCUCUUUUAUGAAGGAUGGCAAAGACUGCAAACUGCACAAUGAUGUGGAGAGGGUGCUGAAAGACUUCCAUCGCUCACGCAAGCCUAUUGGACUGUCCAGCAUGGCUCCAGUGCUGGCCUGCCGUGUGCUGCCCAACAUCGAGGUGACCAUGGGCUAUGAGCGAGACGAGAACACCCGCUGGGGGAGCUGGCCCCACACAAACAUGGUGCAGACGGUGAAGAGCAUGGGCGCUCGCCACAACGUCCGCGAGCCAUACGAGGCCUACGUGGACGAGAAGAACAAAGUGGUCAGCACCCCAUCCUUCAUGUGGGACACUGACUACCACUACCACUACAUAUUCGAUGGGAUUGGAAAUAUGGUCAAACAUGUUAUGCGGAUGUCGACCAAGUGAUGCGACCUUUGAACCCAGGAAGAGAAAUAAUGAAUGCUGAUGGUGACAGUCAGCGUUCACCUCUGUACUGUAAAGAAAUCCUACCUGAAAAAUAGAGCUUCUUUAGUGAAUGAG